AUGGCGUGGGCGGCGUGGUCUUCUUCAGGGCUCCAGGGAGUGCAACAUUCUGCAGCCUGGCUAAUGAAAAACAGAACUUCAACUGCUCCACUAAGAGGUCCAAAACCCGGUCGUGCAACAACUUAUAGUGCGGGUCACGGUGGAGCCUCUAUGCCGCAGAGUCUUGGGGUGGUUGUGUGGAGAAUCUCGACAAGGUCCCACAAACAAGCUAUCAAGCGGUCGAUGGAGCCGGCAAAGGAGGUGAUGUUGCAUAAUAGCGUCUUGGGUUGGUUGUGGUGGAGCCAGAAUGCAGCCGCGUAG